AUGGCGUCUCCAGGUGAUCCUGAGACUCACAUAAGUACAGUUACAGCUUCAAGGUACCUGUUCUCUAGAAGCCCGCCAAAUCUGGCAGGGCACACAAACAAGGCCUUUGGAAAUAGUCAUAGGCGAUACUACAAAGACUCUAAUAGCCUCAAACCCAAGCGAGAUGCAGAGGCGCUGUUCGAGAAAAGAGUAGCCAAUCUUCAAGCCCGAAGUCGAACCCGUUUCCAAAACCAGUGGGAGGCUAUUCUAGAGAAAUAUUCUCAGAUUGAUGAUGAGAAAGAAAGCGACGAAAUAGAUCUCUCAACAGGAGAGAUAAUCACUGACAAUGGUCACCUUCGAGCAUUGGCUCGCAAAGAUGUUUCCUCCUCGAGUCUCGACGAUAUUUGGAGUGCCAAUCUAGUUGAAGAGCCUCACCAAUCUCGCCAAUAUAUGACAUCAAAGUCAGGACAAAAUACCUUUAUAUCCCCCGCGAGACAAAAAGACGUAAGCGAGAUUCGAAGAAGUAGUUCCAUGAAGGAUAAUGUCUUGCUUUUAUCGCCAUCUCCUACAAAGAAGACAAGAUAUUCUCCCUCAAAAACUCCUUCAAAAACUGCAUCUCCGUCAAGAAAUACACCCCCUUCGAAGUUCACUUCUCCACGACUUUCAUCCCCACGACUUUCACCUUCUAGACUUUCAUCUCCACAACUUUCAUCUCCAUCAGCAAACCCAAACAAUUCGGGAUUUGAGAGGAUUACUGACUCCAAAAGUCUCUUCCAGCCCACACGAUUAUUCCCGACUGCUAAAGAGACCCCGAAAAGAGAACAUAAUCCAUUUCUUGAGCGAAAGGAAAAGACAUCGAAAUACACUCUUUGUGAUCUCUCGACACCUACUACAGACGCCGUUUAUCAUUGUGCAUUCCACUACUGCAAGUUCUGUACUGGAAAUCGUUUCCUAUAUAAAGAGCACCUUCUCAAGCUGCAUCCAAAGGAGUUGAAACAGAUAGGUUACCCCGUUCAGACUGAGACAGAAACGGGAGUGGACACCAUUUCAUCUGACACAAUCGAAAAUAUCAGCAAAGUUUUUCCUUUAACAUUCGAUAAAUUGUUGCAAAGUGACUCCCUACUUCAUUGUAAUAUGAAGCUCUCUCCGACCGAAAGAUGUCGUCGGGUAUUCUUCACCCUCAACGACUUGAAAGAGCACCAAAAUACAUCUAGUGGUUGUGACUCACGUUUGUUUACCUUUUCUUGUCCUAUACUUGGAUGCCCAUUUCAAACUAGACUGUUCGAAGCAUUGCAAAAUCAUUUUCGGACAUACAAUAUCAACUCCAGUCAUUUGACCAAAGAAAGUCGUAGUAUCUCGAAAAAGCCUUUGAUAAAUGAGCACUCAACAAAGGCCAAUGAUUUGCCUACAAAUCCCAAAAUUGCAUUAACCAAGACAGAAGUAAUGAACGAAAUUGACGAGUUAUUCGACUCGGAUUGA